CAGCUUGCUGCCAUGAGUUCUUUAAAUGCAAGUUUUUCCCGUAAUAUCUCAUUUGUUCGUCCUGAAUACUUUUUCAUCAUUGGAUUUUCAGGUGAACCUUACAGCAAUUACUACUAUAUUUUUUUAUUUUUUACAUAUUUUCUUACUAUGAUUGGGAACUCUAUAGUUCUUCUUAUUAUAGCUUUUGAAAGAAGUCUGCACAGUCCAAAAUACAUUGGUGUGUUUAACUUGGCCUUGGCUGAUAUUGGUGAAACUAAUGCACUGAUUCCUAACAUGAUGAAGACUUUUCUGUUUGACUCACAGUACAUCUCCUACAAUGCUUGUUUAGCUAACAUGUUUUUUGUGUUUCUCUUCAGUUCUAUGCAGAGUUUCACUCUUGUUGUUCUGGCAUAUGAUCGUUUCAUUGCAAUUUGUUUGCCCUUAAGAUAUCAUACAAUUGUGAACAAUACAAGUAUGGUUUUAGUUUUUUCAGCAAUAUGGGCAUUUAAUACUACUAUUGUGGCCUUGAUGGUGUCUUUUAUCACCCGACUUUCUUUCUGUGAAUCUAAUAGGAUACAGAGUUAUUUUUGUGAUCAUGGACCAGUGUAUAGGUUGGCAUGUAAUGACAUUAGCAUUAAUAAGAUUAUGGCAUUUCUUAUCACAUCUCUAUACCUUAUAGCUCCCUUACUGCUUAUAAUGCUGUCAUACAUGGGCAUUCUCCUUGCUUUAAUCAGAAUUACAACUUGGGAGGGACGAUUAAAAGCUCUGAAGACUUGUGUUUCCCACUUGUUGUUAGUAGGAACAUUUUUUCUACCCCUAUUCUGCACAUAUCUUUUGCAGCUCUUGCUUUCUCUCACACCCAAUGCCAGAGUAAUCAGCACAUCUCUGGCUUAUGCUAUUCCACCAACGCUAAAUCCCAUAAUUUAUGUUUUAAACACAGCAGAAAUCAAAGACAUAUUUCGAAAAGUGCUUAAAAACAGAUCUGUGCCAACUGUGAGUAUUUCAAAAUGA